UCUCUCCUUCUGCUUCAGUAUUAACAGGCUGGAUUUUGCCUGAAUACCGAAGACAUGCGCGCUGAACAGGGGGAGGAGGUGGAACACGGACUGUCUGCUCCUGAUGGUCUGUGUUGACUCCAUCAUCACUCAAUUAUGGUGCGGAACCCUCGUUUUCUAAUCGUCUGUUCUUGUGGAAAAGGGGGAAAGUGAAGGAAGGGGGGUUUUUCCACCAUUUAUAUGCAGGAAGAUAAUUUGAUACUUUUUCGUUGUUUUGGAGCUUUUAGUUUCUUACAGAUCAGGAGUCUUUUUAUUAUUAUUAUUAUUAGAUUUUUCUAAUAAUCGCUCGCCCCCGCCGCCACCCUGAAGUUCAUUGUUAUUAUCUUGGCCGCCGGGAUGGUGGCCUUCAUCGGAGCGGUUAUCUGCAUCAUCGCGGCCGUCCACACCGGAUCCUCCAAGGCUGCCGCGGCACAACAGCAACCGGCAACCGACAACCACUCGCUGUAUCCGGACGCGGCGGCGCAGACCCCCGCUGCCGGGGGCUCCGUAGCCAGGGCCGGGUCUUUGGGCGCUCUCCAUGGUUCUGAAACACCCGAUUCAGAGGCGCCCACUUUCAACAUCGGGCUCAGCGGGCUGGAUGGGGUCACUGGACUCACCGGGCAUGACCCGACGGUCAGCCGGCUCAUCUGCACGCCGAUCCCCGCCGGGGAGUGCAACCCGAAAAACUUUAAGCAACAAGCGGACGACCCGUCGCUGUACGCGGGCGAAGACUGGGGUUACCUCCGCACCACCGCAGAGGAGCUCCGGCAGACGGUCCUGCAGCAAAAAGACCAGAUACUCAACGACCAGAGGACCAUCAGGGAGCUGACGGGGAAACUAUCCGAGUGUGAGAGGGGGCUGGACGGCAGGAGCAGCGGCGCGGACAGACGCGGGAGCGCUGCGGGGCUGUGGGGGGGCAAAGGUGCGGCGGAGGAGACGCAUGUGGAGCGGAUCAUGGUGCGGGACAGUCCGGCGUACGCAUCGGACAGUGUCCACUUGCUCACCGUCAGGGCUGUGGAUGAGCUGGAGCAGGCUAUCACUCAGCUCAAAGACCGCAUAGAGAAACUGGAGUCAGACAUUGGCCCGUUUCCUCACAACCAGACGGAUGGCAGCAGCUCCGGAGUGCCAGAGGAGGGCGAGAUGUCUGUCAGCCCAGAAAGGUCGGCUGGUCCCGGGCACGAAGCUGACGCUGACAGGCCCUGGAGGAUGGAAGAUUUGGAGGGGGAGCUGGAGAGGAAGGUGGAGCUGCUGGAGAAAGAGAGAAAAGCCCUGAGGCUGGAAACUGAGAAACACAGACAGGAAAUCGACCAGGGCCUCAGUAAACUACACCACCGACUCUCAGGGCUGGAGGAAGGUGUCUCCGGGCAUCCGUUCCCAGAGGGCUACAGGCUGUCCUUCCCGACACGGACAAACUACAUGUACGCCGUCGUCAAACACUCCAUCCCAAAGCUGCGGGCCUUCACCCUCUGCCUGUGGCUGCGGCCCGCGGAGGGGGGCAUCGGGACGCCUCUGUCUUACGCUGUUGCCGAGCAGCCGAACGAACUGGUGCUGCUGCAAGGCCUGCACACCCCCACCGAGCUGCUCGUCAACGACAAGGUGGCCCAGUUACCUCUGAACCUCUCCAGAGGCAGCUGGCAGCACAUCUGUGUGAGCUGGAGCCAGAAGGGAGGAGCCUGGCAGGCCUACCAGGGGGGAAAGCUGAGGGGCGAGGGCCACUCACUGGCAGCCGGACAUCAUAUCAGACCUGGAGGAGUGCUCAUGCUGGGGCAGGAGCAGGAUUCCCUAGGCGGGGGGUUUGAUUCAUCCCAGGCCUUGGUUGGAGAGCUGUCCCAAGUGGGUCUUUGGGACCGGGUCCUGUCCUCUAGCCAGGUGGCCAGCUUGGCUCGCUGCGGCAAAGUAACCCAGGGCAGCGUGGCCCCGUGGACGGAGAACGGAGUCGAGGUUUUCGGUGGAGCCACCAAGCACCCGGGGGAGCCGUGCAGUAAACACAGCAGGAGCUCUCAGUGACCGACGGCGAAAGGCUUUGAGGAAGGGGGAGGUGAAAGAAGGGCGGGGAUGAGGGAGGGAAGUUGUAGCCAUGUCAAGAAGGUAGGAUAACAUCUGCCCAUUAUUAGCACUGCUGCGCUCGGAUCAACUCUACAUGGAAGGGGCUGACAACUAUGUAAAUGUGGCACAGUAGAAGCUUUGCAGUUACUUCACCGAAUUUCUAGCAACCACAUCCGAUCCAAAAAAAAAAAAGGGAUUCCUCAUAAAUUUAGCAGUUGUAAA